AUGGCAAAAUACUCCGUAGUGGAAUUUGAAGAUGGUAUACAUUUGGUACCAACAGUGUGGCUGAAUGACGACAAAACCUUAUGCAGCUGGCCAACUCAUUUGCGAAAACAAUAUGAUGUAAACAACGCUGUCAUUCGUUCGACGAUACCCAACAGUGGCGGCAAAGAAUGGGAGUAUCUUAACGUAAAGAGGAUAUUUGGCACUGCAGAUAGCUAUGAGAAAGGUAUGGAGAAGUUAUGUUUAGCCGAAGAGACUUCAAAUAUAGACGAAACUGCUUCAUCGGAUGAUGAAGCUGAAGUUAUUCGAGCAAAGAAAAGAAGGCGAGAAAAGGCUAGAAAACAUUUCACUUCGACAGAUGAAGAGAUCCCCGACAAACAGCCACGAACCAAACUGCAACCCUUUCCUAUAAUGUCAAACUUUCAUAAAAAUCAGGACAAAACCUCGAGCUCGCAAAGAAGCCAUGACGUCACUCGUGGAACUACGUCUUCGACAAAAGAAAAUCGUGGCUUCAGCGAACUUAAACGGAGUAUCACUGGUUGGGGUGAAUUUUCUGCAACAAGGGGCAGCGAAAUUUCCAGCUCUGAAAGAAGAUACGACGUUCAUCAUGCCUCACAGAAAGAAGAUCGUGCCUUCAAUGAACUUGAACUGAGUUUUACAGGCCCAAAUAAAUCUCUAACAGAAUCAGUAAAUCGUGGUGCAACUGGAUGUAACACAUCAGCAGUUUUCCCCUUGUCGCGUACUUCUAAGUCCCAAAUUCCACAAAAUAAUGUUACCGGACUGAAAACACAUAAAGCACGAGAUGAUAAAGAUGCGGUUACUGCAACUGAAGGCUUCCAGAAAAUAGUGCUGAAGAAACUCAACAAACUCUUAUACCAGAUGGAUGAUUUACAUGACAGACUAGCUGUGUUGGAUAAGCAUGGCCAUAAUUUACCCCUUGACGAAUUCAAUUCAGACGAUGAGAAGGAGCUCGGUCUACCGUUACAAGGCGUUUCCGAACUCACCAUAUUUGAAGAAAAACUCAAAAAUUCAACGCUCUUCGCUAAAAUGCUGACGUGGUUAAAAAGAUUUUGUGGGACAGACACCAAUUCCAGUACGCAGAAAGUUCUUAUAAAACUUGUCUCAAAUUCAUUGGCACAGCAAUACAGUUGGGCUGGAGCAAAAGGAAAAAGAAUGUUCAAAGACUUGCAUUUGGUCCGGCUUGUGAUGAAAGCAGUACGCGUCAGAGUGCCAGGGGCAUCAGAUGUCAUAUUUACAGAUAUUAUAAGUAAGUGGCUCGCUCAAGCAAAACUGAGAUUCAAAAGAGAAGUAGAGAAACUUGAGAAACAGAAGAAAUCUGGUCAAGCAAGCGCUGAAAACCCAAUAGCAAGCUGUAGUAAGGAAGCUGCAGACGCUACAAACCGUGCUAAAGAAGCUGCAAAUGUCGAAGAAAGUGCAACCACAGAUUCUGAAUAA